UUAUAAUCAGAUUGCGGAGAGAACAGCUGAGAGCACUUUGUCUGCGUUUGCUUCUUCGGAAACGAAGACCGGCUCUUCGACCCCUUUUGAAGUCUCUAAGCUUCCAUUUUUCUAUUUAUCUCUGUCUCGCUGUUGUCUCUUAUCUGCCUUUACCCUGGCCUUCCUCGCCCUAGCUUUCUACCGGUGUUGAAUCUGUGAGGAGGAAAGAAAGAGACAGCAGAAAGAGGGAAAAUCCGGGAUCAAAAAUCUUUUUUUUUUUUAAUUGGUUUGCUCAUCUCCUCGUCUACCAUGCCGAGCUCGAAGCAUCUUUGAAGGCGGUCUUAUAGUUUAGGGUUUAGUAGGAGGAGGCUAUGGGUAACUGUCUCAACCAUGCUUCGAGGGUCGACAGCGCUCGUAGCUCGCAGAAUACUUCAGGCCAGACAAAAACCAUCACCAAGAUAAGCUCAGGCACAGUCCCUUCCACCCUAACUUGUUCAACUGCUUCGAACAUCACUGCAUCCUCAUAUAGUGAAAAACCUGCUUCUGAUGCUCUUAUUACACCGCGAACUGAAGGCGAGAUCUUAGCAUCUUCGAAUUUGAAGGAUUUCACAUUCACUGAAUUGAGAAAUGCCACUAGAAAUUUCCGGCCUGAUAGUCUUCUUGGGGAAGGAGGAUUUGGCUAUGUCUACAAAGGUUGGAUUGAUGAACAAACCUUGGCUGCAUCCAAACCUGGGGUUGGUAGGAUUGUUGCUGUCAAGAAACUGAAACCUGAAGGCUUCCAAGGCCACAAAGAAUGGCUAACUGAGGUUGAUUAUCUAGGACGGCUUCGCCAUCCUAACCUGGUUAAGCUCAUUGGGUACUGUUCAGAAGGUGAUGAUAGGCUACUGGUUUAUGAAUUCAUGCCGAGAGGAAGCCUUGAGAAUCAUCUAUUUAGGAGAAGUGCUGAACCACUUUCAUGGACAAUAAGGAUUAAAGUCGCAGUGGGGGCUGCCAGAGGACUCUCCUUUCUACAUGAUUCUGAAUCGCAAGUCAUAUAUAGGGAUGUCAAGGCUUCAAACAUUCUUCUUGACUCGGAAUUCAAUGCUAAGCUUUCAGACUUUGGCCUUGCAAAAGCUGGCCCAACUGGAGAUAGAACCCAUGUUACUACCCAAGUGAUGGGCACUCAAGGAUAUGCUGCACCUGAAUAUAUUGCCACAGGUAGACUUACAGCGAGGGCUGAUGUGUAUAGCUUCGGUGUUGUUCUGCUAGAAUUAUUGUCUGGUCGUCGGGCUUUUGACAAGAACAAGGUCGGCAUCGAGCAGAAUCUCGUGGACUGGGCAAAACCUUAUCUUGGAGACAAGCGUAAACUAUUCCGAAUCAUGGACACAAAAUUGGAGGGUCAGUACCCGAAGAAAGGUGCCUACACCAUUGCUAAUCUUGCUUUACAGUGCAUCAGUCAUGAAGCCAAGCAGCGGCCGCGAAUGCGGGAAGUUCUUGCCUCAUUACAAUCAUUGCAAGAUGUGAAAGAUGGACCGAAACUGCUGCAAGUAGAACCCAGAGACAUCCCCAUGAAAUUACCAGCAAUAUAUAAGCCUUCUAUUCAGAUGCCAGCAACAGCUAAUGAUGAUGCUUUACCCUUACCAUUCCCAAAGCCUACAACCCCAGUGCGCUGAAAUCUCCACUUUGUAAAUUAUCACUCUUGUUAGAUGACAAUAGGAAGCAGUUUGUGCUUAUUUCCUUUCAGUUGAUUUUCUGUAGUUUUUUUUGGUGGUGGUGAUUCGUAGGAAUUCUUUACUGCUGUUGGCUGAUUCAGCUCUUAAGUGCCAAAAGCACUAAUCUGUUAUGGAAUAUACAAGAGAGUAUCAAUGAUUUGCAGUUUUUAGUUGA